ACACCGGUGGUGGUGGUGGUGGUGGGCGACAUCGGAUACACGCCGGUGUUGUGGUUAAAGUCCGCAUUCCCUUCUUCUCCGCCAAAAAAGAAAGAUUUGGCCAACUCUAACAAACAUCAUCAAGAUUGCAUCGCCAUUAAUGCCCACAGCAAAACCUCUGUUCACAAGCUCCUCGAGCUAGUGGAGUUCAAGCCGAAGGAAGUGAUUUCAAUUCAAGGGAAGCUACUCUACAUAUUUUCAUGGUUGGCGUUCCUAAUGUUGCUAAUGCAGGAGAAGAUGAAGUGUGCUACUGUCGUCCCACUGCCUGGUGUUACUCAAGAUAUUGCUGGAUACAAGCUGCAGAUUACGCAUGAGCCCAACAUAUAUGUCCUAGAAGCUCCGGGUGUAUUGGUUCCAAGUAUCCCUGACAUAGAGACAGAACUGAAGCUGGCUCUUGCAGAAUUCACUGGUAAUGUAGAAGAUGAGAGUGAGUUGGAGGGUCUUAUAGAGCAGCAGUUUGAAGCACUGCAGAAGGCAUUUAAGAUACCUCAUAAGGCCUCAGAAGCUCGUUUGAUGGUAUCAAAAAAGCUUCUUACUUUAUUUAGGGCAGGUAAACUUGGUCCAUUCAUCCUUGAUGAUGUCCCUGAUGCAAAUGCUCUGUCUUGAGUUGUUAGUCACUUUCCUUUUUUGGUGUAACAUUGCAAUUGUAAAUGCUGGUCUUUUCUUUACCCUCCUUUUUUUUCCCUCCUACUUUCUUGUGUUGAUGUCUCAAAUUUACUCAAGUUGUAUUACAAAGCUAACAGAUGCUUGCAUGUGUUGGUGAGU